ACUACUUCUGGCUGUGCUGGUGGCUCCUUCCCCUCGGCCCUCCUCUAUGUGCGUUGUUUUGGCAAAUUGCCUUUGCCUGCUCUCUUUCUCCGUCACAACAUCAAUACGCUUUUAUACCCACAACUCGUCCACAAACAACGAUAGACAUUCUUACGCUGUGUGUCACACAACGCACGAUUCUAUCCCCGCCAUUUGCCAACAUCCAAUGAUAGACAUUUUUCGGCGCUGUCCGACAAGCCGCACAAAAUCCCUUAAACAAGCUUCCUGCAAUGGCAACCCUUCCUUCAGAUAUCUGCAUAGAAAUAUUUCGCCUCCUCGCUAUCCGAGAGGCUCACGACGGAUUUCAGCAACCAUUGCUGCUCACUAAGCUUCAACCAGAACUAGCCUCUCUACUUCAUCCUGCACAUUAUGCCGAUGUCCUCGCUGGCUACCACCGAGCUGAUAUCCCUAUAACUGUUGGUAACCUCGCUGCAUUCAAUGCUUUGUACCGUCCGUAUAAAUGGGUUCAUGGGAUCAUAUUGAUUUUCGAAGGUCAGUCUUUUGUAGGAUCUGGCUUCAAGCUCAAGUACCGGAACGACCUCGAGCGAAUCGCCCUCGAUGUGUUAAGAUGCGAUAAAUUGGAGGAUUGCGGGAGUCUCACGAAAGCAUUACUCGACGCGUCGAGACGCGGGGCUUCCAUAGUUUACGGAGAAGAACGAAAUGCAACCGUCGGUAGAGUAUCUGUUCUCGUGAAUCCAACAGCGCACAUCGAGAGGGACAUUAUUCGGGAGAUCCAGCGUUUAUUGGGCUGUGAAGGCAAGGUAUCAAAUAUCGGCCCUGAAUUGAAAAGGAUCGUGUGGAUCGGGGGGGACGGGGGUGCUGUGGCUAUGUGGAAAUAUGCUAUGGAGCAGCUAGGCUUCUAGAAGGACAACACAGUCGAAUCCAGAAGUCCGAAUGGAAGUGUUAACCAAUGAUUAGUAUCACGUGACAUAAAUAUUUCUCAAAGAUGUUUAUUGAAGUUUGA